AUGUCAGAACUGACCAGUGCCCAGAAAACCUCCACAGACCCCCCCCUCUCUCGACUGUCCGACUCUGACACCGAACAAGACCACCUCAACCAGACGACGUCCCCGACGAUCACCGGGCGCUACACCCCCGAUAUUCUCUCCGGCGUUUACCGCUCCUUCAAGAAGAUACCCAAGGGCAGGCUCGCACGAAGCACUUCUCUUCUCAACCUCAGAAACAUCGGGUCGAGGCCCGAGGCGAGCCCCGUAGAUCACGCCAGGGACACACCCCCUUCGACGGGCCGUGAUGCGAAAAUUCUAAACGUGCCACCGACGACUCUCGAUAAGCCUCUACCAGAGCCACCCCCAUAUCCUGCUCCAAUCCCGGAGGACGCCCAGUCGCAAUACGAGAACAUCGACGAUUUGCACGCAAUCCUGCAUCCCACAGACAUGGAUCCCAACGAUCCAGCUGCCGCCGGGCAGCUCUACGGUGGUCAAGACCAAUACGUGCACGACGUCAACGGCAGCAUGGCCGCGAUGAGGGCCGACGGAGCGGGAAGAGACAACGGCGGUGAGGAGCCAUCACAGCGGGAGGCGAUCUCCCGAAGUAAUGGUGCAGCCACGCCUGCACAGGGUCAGCCUCGACAGCCAGGCUCCUCGAUGCAGGCCUCCUCACAUCUCUCCGGACUCAUGUGCAACGUCCAUCGGACCACAGGGCGAGAGCCUCACCCUCUCGUGGGUGCCACGACGACCAUCCUAGGAGACAAGUUGUACGUCUUCGGCGGUCGGAUUCUGUCUCGCAGCCGCCCUGCGCCCCUUACCUCCGACAUGUACGAACUGGACCUUAUCCGCCGCCACUGGACAAAGCUCGAGACAACUGGAGAUGUACCACCGCCGCGCUAUUUCCACUCCAUGUGUGCGCUGGGUGACACCAAGAUGGUGUGCUACGGAGGCAUGUCACCGGUUCCAAGCCAGCUGCAGACCACGGAUCCCUCGCAGCAGCAGCCUCAGCCUGAGGUCACCGUCAUGUCCGACAUCUACAUUUACGACGUUCCUUCGAGGAAAUGGACCUUUAUUCCGACUGCGGAAUCUCCUCAGGGCCGAUACGCCCACUGCGCUUGCGUUCUUCCUUCCUCGGCUACUUUCUCCUCUCACCGCGCACCCUUGUCAUCACUGCAACACAACCCUUCAUCGACGGGCAACCCCAACGAGGGCCGCAUAGGUAUCAACAUCGAUGGUGCUGGCGGCGCGGAGAUGGUGAUUGUGGGCGGCCAGGACGGUGCGAACCACUACAUCGAGGAAAUCAGCGUUUUCAACUUGCGAAGUCUCAAAUGGACGUCAACCCAGCCCCUAGGAAAGAGCUGCGGUGCCUACAGAAGCGUUGCCACGCCUCUGCCGGCAAAUGUCACAGCCAAGAUCGGCAAAGCAUAUCAGAACGGCUACGGGCGAGCCGCCGAGGCCGCCGCAGAGACACGAGAUACGGGAUCCUCUAUGUUGAUAUACUCCAACUACAAUUUCCUCGAUGUCAAGCUGGAACUGCAGAUCCGCACCGCAGAUGGAUCGUUGCACGAGCGCCCCAUGUCCGGCACCUACUCACCGCCCGGUCUGCGAUUUCCCAAUGGCGGCAUAAUCGAUACCAACUUCGUUGUCAGCGGCACAUACCUCACCUCCUCCAAGCAGGAAUAUGCCCUGUGGGCAUUGGAUCUACGGACGUUGACAUGGACAAGAAUCGAUGCGGGCGGCAACGUUUUCAGCCAAGGGAGCUGGAACAGAGGUGUGUUAUGGAACCGACGCAAUACAUUCGUAAUUUUGGGCAACCGGAAGCGGAGUCUUGUUGAUGACUACAAUCAUCGCCGAAUUAACUUUUCGAACAUCUGCAUGGUUGAGCUCGAGGCCUUUGGCUUCUACGACAACCCUCGCAAGAUUAGCCCUCUUUCCGGCUUUGUCUCUUCCAGCAGCCCAUACAACGUCGAUGGGUUGAACCUGGUGCGCAAGGCUGGUUACACUGCUGGUGGACGAUUUCAUUCACGGGCGAGUGAAGAAUUGGGCGAGAAGGCGCUCGCGAUGCGGGAGAUCUCAGACAUGGAUAUUCUCUGCAUAGGGGGCGAACGGAUCUCGAUCAACUCGAGGAUAGUGGCCCGGCGAUGGGGACCUUACUUUGUGCAGCUGCUUCGCGAAGGCACCGCAACGCAGGAUGGUAGUGACGCUUUGACGUUGCGAUCCGGCCUUUCAAGCAACCCGCUCCGCGCGUCCGCCAUUACGAUAACUCCGAAUAAUAGCCAUACCGCAGGAAGCAGCAGCAACGACGGCCUUGGCGCCUCCCUGGCCUCAUCGUCUGGAUCCAUGGCUGGUAUUCAUGGCGGGGGUAUGCUGGGCGACGAUCUGAACGCCGGCAACAUCAACGGCACUCCCACACCCAAGACUCUGCCACCCACCUCGCGCCCCCGGUGCCUGUACAUGCCGCAUACCUAUCUGACUAUCCAGGCUCUGCUUCACUUUGUGUAUACAAGCUCACUUCCGCCACCGUCGUCACCGCUGUGCACUCCUCAGAUUCUGUGCUCGCUCUUGCAGAUCGCGCGGCCCUACCGUGUCGAUGGUCUGCUCGAGGCGGUUGUUGAACGGUUGCACUCUCUGCUUGAUAGCCGCAAUGCAGCAGCUGUUUUCAACGCAACUGCCAUGGCUGCUGGUGGUGGACGGGGUAUCGAUGGUAGUCUCAACCCCAACUUUUACGUCGGCAUCCUCGAUCCCAUCGGCGCACCAAGGAGCACAUCCGAUUUCUCCCUUGGCGGCACCACGGCCGCUUCUGGCAUGAUAUCCAAUGGUGCCGGGUCAUCAUUCUCCUCCGGCCUCGAGACCCGCACUGCUGGUCUAACUAUCGACACCGAUGCCCCGCCUAGCCGAGCCUCGAGUGAUGAGAUGUCAGCUACUACCAGUGUGAGCGGUUCCGAGAUAAGCUCAUCCGAGGCUGGUGGUGAUCGCUACGAUCGGCGCAACGCCCCGGUCUGGGACGGCGAGCUCAGCAGCGUUAUUGGCCUGCAGAAACGUGGACUUCGGGGCCUUAUGGAGGGCCGUAGGAUGCGUGAGCGCACAGGCACAGGCACCAUGGGAAUGAGCGCGUCCGCCAUGCCUGGAGGAUACGGCACGAACCCACGAGUGGGCCUCGGCAUUGCUGGGCCAUGA